AUCCCAUUUAGCUCGUCAUACACCCUCCAGCCACACACACAGGCAGUCUGUCACCCCACUCAAACACGCCGCCGCUCCGCGCCAUGACGCACACACACCGUCCACCAACAAAGCAGUCAGUCAGUCUCUCUAACACACCUGCGGCAAUGGCCAGACCGACAGGGAGGCUCUCUGUACACUCGAGAGUUGAAAGAUGAAUCAGUCAGUCUAGGGCUAUGUCCAGCCAGUUGCGGAACACCCUCUCUGCAUCGGGCCCCAUCACCUCACGCACCGCCUUCACUGUCUGGGGGAACCUGGCGGCUCCCUUCUUGCCAUCCACCGGUCGCUCUGUCGUGUAGAGGCUGGCAUCGGCAAAGGUGGGGUUGCUGCCGAUGAUGAUGGUGAUGUGGGUCUCGAAUGUCUGUCCUGGUUGGUCGCCAUGGAGCACUAUCAUGCGGUGGAAGAGUCCUUCUCCCACCCUAUGGCCCGUGCUGAUGGUGUGGCGGCCCCAGAUGGGCGGCUGCUGGAUGGUCAGGUGCCGCUGAAGAGAAAGGCAGAUUUGACAAUGAGUGAGUGGGGCAGCUGGUGAGGUAAUCGUGUUGGGCUGUGUGGCUGACCAGUCGGUUGUAGCGUGGGGCGUCGUUGUCCGGGUUGACAUACUGGACCGCGACCGGCGACCCUCUAUGACGCAUCCUGGUCAGACACAUCAUGGCAGAGCGGUGCAGCCAAUGUGGCCGUGUGUGUCACUCUGCUCAUUUUUCUCACUCAUCCAACACAGCGUCGCGAACUGAAGCAUAGACAUCACCUGCAAACAAACACACGCGCACAACUAAAUGAUCCAUUGCCCAUAGCUCUGCCCCCCUCCCUCACCUAGAAACUCACACACGGGGUUGGCCUCGUCGUAUCCAUUGCGGAAGGGAUGGUCGGCCGGCAGCGUCUGCAGAGGGCGAAUGACCAGCAGCGCCCUACCCAGCCGCUCCUCGCCAUUGCUGCGGCGCUCGAGCGUCACACCGAUGUGGCGGCCGAUGAGGGAGAGCUGCCGCAGCGCCUCACACCGCCCGUCGAAGACCGCCCGGCUGCCCACCCCCUCCACAUCAGCACUGCUCAGCUCUAUCGGCAACGUCACGCCUCCCCGCCCCUGAUGCUUGGCCACUCUGAUGAUGGGCUCCCACGCCGCCCACUCGCCGCUGUUGUCGAUGAUGUACACCAGGUCCAGCAGCAGGUCGAGGGAUGUCAGGUCAGGAAAGAGGGUGAUGAUGCCUUCGAUGCCCUUGGCGGCCAGCUGGGCGUCUAUUUUUUCCUUGACGCGCUGCAGGAGAGUGCUCUCGAUGGUCUCCUUGUUAUGGUGCAGCAGCAGCUGUUGCUGGGUGAGGGGGCCGCUGGCGAUCUGUGCGAUGAGUGCGCCUCUGUUGGCCCCCGAGCGGGCCACUUCGCUGAUCAAAAAGGGUAGCAGCUCUUGAGGCCUGGUGGGGCGGCCGUGGCCCGACAGACAUUGCCUGACGGGUAAAAUGAACCAACAUGAAGAGAGCGAAGAGCCACAUCGAGGCACCGUGGCGCAUUUUGUAUCUCUGUGUGUGCGCCCUUCAUUCACCUGUGGCUGCGGCAAGUCGGCUACAUCAGCAGCAGCAGCAGCGGAUGAAGAUGACGCUGCAGCCGCCAUGCUAGGUCGAAAG